AUGCCGACCCCGAAAAUUCUGAAAGUGGUCUGCCGUGGUACAGCCGAGUUGGAUGCAAAGAACCAUUUUUACAAGGUGAUCGCGCCGUAUAUCGAUUCUCUCUCUCGACUAGGAGCGAUAGCUCGAUGUAAUCCGACUACCUUGACAACUCGGAACCUGACCCGGCUCAGAGAGUCUUUCGAGGAAGACCUCGCAGCGGAUCUGAGUGACACCGAUUUGAGACUUAGUCGUCUACAGCUGGAAGUUCUCCAAGUGCUCUACCGGGCUCUCGAACUCUUCGAACUACAGGGCAGCACUGUCGCUGUCAAAUUUCUGAGUGAUGUCGUCGAAGGAGACCAAACCAAGCCGGAGCUGCGUUUCGAGCUCAUGCAGAAUGAGAGAUACGCAAGUCUUCGAUAUGAGCUGUCGAGGAUGGAAGCAACUAAGAACGCCCUCAAUGAUUCAACUACUCAGAGUAAGAUCUUGAAGCUAGCUGAUAUCGUCGAGAAGCAUGUCCGCCAAACGGUGACAGUUUCUAGGAUACUCAUCGCUGUACCGACAGUCGCCAUGUGCGAGGAAGUCAAUAAGAUGUUGGCAUCACUGUCAGCGUUGCUCACAUCAUAUGUAUACGACACCUCGAGGUUCUCAAAGACUGUUCUCAAGAACUUCGUCGAGUCUCGCGAUAACUGUUUAGUGGUUAUCACGAGCCCGGAGAGUUUAAAUGGUCAGAACAUAUCCCUCAACGGAAUCAGCCUCGCCAUUUGUCUCGACGUCCGAAAAGACGUUUUCCGGAAGCCUCCGUAUUGGCAAGGAUCAAUCAUCAUGCUGGUGACUGAUGUGGAGAACAAGUCUUUCGAUGGCAGAGAGGUGUUAGCCGCCUCUCCGCGGAAACCACCCGCGACGUUGAAACGCGGUCUCGCAAAUCAAGCUUCUCGGGGACGGAAAGCCUUCUUGACCAAAGAGGAACAAGCUUAUUUCGACCGCCAUUUCAAAAGCUCGACAAAGAUCACCCUGCCUUCGAAUGGAUUCGAUCCACCUCCAAAGUCGCAAGCGACGUACUCUGUCCAACUUUCGGUGUCGAAGUGGCGACCGUGGCAGAGCCGCCUGCAGGACACUUACCAAGUCGGCCAUUCUACGGACAGUCAGGUUCUGGUGGAUGUCUUCAAGUUUUGUGAUGAAAUAUCAUCGACACCGGAUGGGAGCCGCCUGGACAACCACGAGAGAGAACUCGCCACCCAUUUUCGUGCUGAGGACGUUCAUGAAAUGCCCGUUGAGGCAUCGGAGAGCAAGCCUAUUCUAAUUGAUGAAGGAGAGCUCGACACCCUCGAUACUGAAGACAUGGCCUUCCUUGCAAUAACGCCGGAAAUGGAUCGAUAUGUUCUCGAUAGCGCCGAAAAAAUCACCGAUUAUCUGGCUCAACUCGGCUUCGUCGAAGUUAGGCGAACGCCAAAACCCAAACCCGAUCGAGCGUUCAGGACCCCCGAAAUGGGUAACCGUACGCUAGCUCGGAGGACUGACUCUAGUCCAUUGUCUGUGACGGGUUGUUUACCGACAGCUUCGACACCUCUCGGCUACCGUGCCCCACGAGCGGAUUUCAAGUUGACCCCGAUCACGAAAAAGGAUCCGAUGACGCCGAGUUCUCACCUCCGCGAUUCGGUCCGGGAAGCAGAUCCUGAUCCGAAUGCCGAAUCGAGACUCAGUUUGACUGCCUUAGUCAAAGUUGUACAGAAGCGGAAGAAACAGAAGAACCUGCAAUAUUUCUUCUCAAACAAACUCAAUCAGCCGACCGAGCUCAGUGAUAUCGUCGAGACUAGUGAUAAAUCUUCCAAAUCGGAGAUCCAAGAUGGCGCUUCCCAUCUACCGGGGCCGCUGCCCUACCGUGAAUUGAGCCCGCCGUCUACCACGGAGGAAAAACCCAUGGCAAUCGCAGAUGAUUUUCCAGCCGUCGAUGGAGACGCCCUUGGUGCCAUCAGAAAUCCCCAGACAGAGUCAUCCACGCCGCCCGUCGACGGUCGGAAGGAGCUCGAGCCGGACUUUCUCAGUCGAGAACAAGGUCUGCUCGAAGCUCGCAGAACCACACUGAGUCUGGACGCGUCCGAUCGGAACCGUACGAACAAUCUUAUUGGAAACGAUGUCACUGAGGACGACGACGAUCUCUUUGACGAUAUCGACGUCACAAUGAAGCUCCAAGAAGCCCACGAUGACGGAAUCGAUGCCGACGGAGGGAAUUUAACGAAUUCUAUUCGGAACGCUCGGGAGCACAUCCUCGUAGAUGCUGAUAAGCCGACAGGAAAGCCUCCGAUCAGAGAACCAUCGAUAGACGUAAGAGCUGUCAAGCCCGAACCGAAGCCCAAGAUCCGAUCUGUUUUCGAUGCCCUGGACGACCCAGCAGAUAAUAAGGAUUGUCACUCGGCGCACACUGCUGUCCUCAACAUCAUCAACAACAUCCCAACGAGGAGCAAAGAGAUAGUUGAGAGCCCCGAGAUCACAGAGCCUGAGACCGUGGGGAACAUCCUACCGAUCGAGUUCCAAAAGGGGAGUGAGCGCACGUCGGAAGCGGAGGAAAACUCCGAUGACCUAUUCGACUGCGUCGAGGAACUACUCUUGCCCAAAAAAGAGACAGAAUCACAGGAUGAUGUCCUACAAAAACUCCUCAAAAAAGCCGACGAGCAGUCAUCGAAAAAAGCCGGCGAUAAGCGACCCCCUCGGAGCGACGAAGUGGUUUCCAGUAGUCAAAGACCGACCUCACCGAAAAACAAGGGAUUCAGGAAACAGAAGCUCCGAGCUAUCGCUGAAAACGGUAGAAUUAAGGCGAAAGGCGAGAGCUCCCCUGAAUCUCUGAAGACGUCGUUCAGCGAACCUCAGCUCCGGAGAAACGAGGAAGGAGUCGAAACCGUCAUUGGCCGUUCCAGAUCUCAGAAAGAAGUGACGCGAGAUAAUGCCCGGGCUGCACCGAUGGAUGGUAGGAAUCCCUCGUGCAAAUCCAAGGGGUCCUCAGCCGAAACGAGGAAGAGGUCGCGAGUCGCUUCAGCGAGCAGCGACGAGGAAUCAUUGCACAUACAGCGGCGGAGGAAGAAUCCGUUUGCGAGUCUGGGGGGAAGUUUUUCGCAAGGUUUCAUCGCUCAGCUUGAAGCUAAGAAGCCAACCGUGAAGAAAGCAGCAACGAAAGGGUAUUUCGAUGACGAAGCUGAAGUUGACAGCAUCGAUUCGGUGAGCGAAGAUGAGGACGACCAGCCCGAUGCUUACGAGAUGAACUCGUUCGUCGAUGACGGAGAGGGUAUAGCGCACUCUCAAGGCAUGUACCGCCGCUUGGAUAAGGAUCUAUCGCCGAUCAAGAAUUUCCGAAGACCGGUCAAGCACGUACCCUACGAAGAUUGCUUCUCCCAGAUGCCUCCGUCGGACGAUGACUCGUACGGAGACGACUCGUUCGUCGAGCAUGGAUCGGUCGCUGAGGUCACCCUCCCCGCCGAAAUAACCGUGAUGCAAGCUCCGCCAGAAACACAGCAUAAAAAGAGAAAGGGUCGCCGAAAAGCAUUCAUUUGCGACGAUAGUUCAGACAGUGAUCGGGUCAGCGGCGGAGAAGCAAAGCCCGGUGCAUCGAGUCCUCGAAAGUCCUCCCAGCGAAGUUUCGGGGCGCGGGCUGAUGUCGCGAGCAGUUCUACUUCGGGAUUGAAGUUGAAUGAUCGCAAGAUCCCUCCGAAAAAUGUGAUACUUGUCAACACCUACCUACUAGAGAUCCUACCGGAAAUCCUUGUUGGUCUACAGCGCACCUUCGAUAAGUCUCACAUCGAACCGGUCGACAUGAGUGCUCUGGAGAAUCAUCCGGUGGAUCUCUACCUUGGAGAUCUGUGCAUCAAAGUCAUGUCUCUCGACCAAUUACGUUCAGGAGCAGCCGAGACUCGGAAAAAAAUCAAUCGGUUCAGGUUGCUGUGUGAGAAACCCGUGCUCCUCGUGGUCGCUCCCUCGCAGAAUCACUCAGACCCAGAGCAGCUCUUCAAGGCAAUCAUCGGAAUAUCCGAGAUCGACAUAAGGACAUUUUACGUCAAAAAUCAAGUGGAGUUACUCAUGUUGCUCAAAUGCAUAGUGAGAGAUCUACAGGGAAACGAGUACUUGAUCGAGUACCUCGAAUCGGAAGAAUUACAACGCCUCUUGAGACUGCCUCAGCUGAAUAUUCUGACGGCGACGGCUCUCCUGAGGGUGAAACAGGGAAAGGCUCGAAGCGUCAUCCAGACAAGCUCCGCUGCUGAGAUCGGAAGCAUCUGCAAUGUAUCCGAGCGAUUUGCGGAAACGAUUUGUGCUGCUUUUCGGACUUGCUGA